GUCGUUGCCACAGCAGCAGCUGCUACUAUCUGCUGCAGUCGGAGGAAGACGAAAAGGGCUCUUACUUGUUUGAACCUCUUCAGAGUAUCUUUUCUUUACUUAAGCAUUCCUUUCAAAAUCAUUGACUUUGAAGUACGUGGACUGACAUCAGUCAUGCUUCUUAAAACGGAGUUAUGGAAAUGUUUUCGUCGCGGAAAAGAGAGGGAGCUCUGAGUCUUGCAGCGCACUGUUUUCUGUAGCUCACUCACCGCCUCAUAGCGAUACAGUGGCUGGAGGGGGGUUGUGUUUUUGAGCCUUGCCGGAUAUUAAAGUCACAAACCGACUGGAAAACUGCCCGUUUUCAUCCUAUUUGGAAAGGAGAAGAGCUGUGGUUUUAUUUGUACCACUAGUUUAGCUAGUUUUGAGGGACAAAAAUGGAGGCUGUAAUAGAAAAAGAGUGCAGUGCUCUCGGAGGACUCUUUCAAACCAUUAUCGCUGACAUGAAGAGCAGUUAUCCAGUCUGGGAAGACUUCAUCAGCAAAGCAGGAAAAUUGCAGUCUCAGCUCAGGACAACGGUGGUGGCAGUGGCUGCUUUCCUCGACGCCUUUCAGAAAGUGGCCGACCUGGCUACAAGCACGCGAGGUGGCACCAGAGAUAUUGGCUCCGCUCUUACCAGGAUGUGUAUGAGGCACAGAAGCAUCGAGGCGAAGCUGCGGCAGUUUUCAGUGGCGUUUGUCGAUUGCCUGAUCAAUCCUCUGCAGGAGCAGCUGGAAGACUGGAAGAGAGGAGCCAACACCCUGGACAAGGACCAUGCGAAAGAGUAUAAGAGAGCCAGACAAGAGAUCAAGAAGAAAUCUUCAGACACCCUGAAGCUACAGAAGAAAGCAAAAAAAGCUGAUGCCCUGGGGAGAGGGGACAUCCAGCCACAGUUGGACAGCGCCGUCCAAGAUGUGAACGAUAAAUACCUGCUGUUGGAGGAAACUGAGAAGCAGGCAGUGCGGAAGGUGCUGAUCGAGGAGAGGGCACGCUUCUGUACCUUUGUAGCUAUGCUUCGGCCUGUGGUGGAUGAAGAGAUGUCCAUGCUGGGAGAGAUCAUCCAUCUGCAGACCAUCGCUGAUGACCUCAAAGCUCUGACAAUGGACCCCCACAAACUGCCCCCUGCAAGUGAACAGGUCAUACAUGACCUGAAGGGUUCGGAUUACAGCUGGUCUUACCAAACCCCUCCUUCCUCUCCAAGCACCACAAUGUCCAGGAAGUCCAGUAUGUGCAGCAGUCUGAACAGUGUGAACAGUAGUGACUCGCGCUCCAGUGGCUCGCACUCUCACUCCCCUUCCCCACACUAUCGCUACCGCAGCUCCACUCUGCCGCAGCAGGCCCCCGUCCGCCUCGCCAGCGUCUCCUCCCACGACUCGGGCUUCGUCUCACACGAUGCCUUCCAGUCCAAGUCGCCUUCGCCUAUGCCCUCUGACUCCGCCCCACAGACUGCCUCCAGCUCUGGCUCAUCGGAUGCCUCUGAGACGUGUCAGUCAAUCAGCGAGUGCAGCUCUCCUACUUCCCUCGGCUCGGCCGGGGCCUCCACCUCCACUGAAAAGUUGUCCAAUGGCUACGAUCACUAUGGGCUUGGAGAGUCCACGUACCUGUCCGGUGGGGUCUCCGGAGGGGCCUUCCCCUUCCUCCCCCCUCCUUCCUCUUCCAUCUCCUCCUCCUCCUCCUCCUCCUCAUCCACGCUGAGAUCAUGGUCAAGGCCAGGCUCUGGCCUCCUGCCCGAUUACCCCCAUUACUGCACGCUGGGUCCCGGCAUGCUCCCCCCGUCCUCCAAGAUCCCCAGUUGGAAGGACUGGGCUAAGCCAGGACCAUAUGAUCAGCCCAUGGUGAACACACUGAGAAAGAAAAAGGAGCCAAAGGAGGCUGCAGAUUCAAACGGCUCUCUCCAGCCGAGCCCGGCCUCCACUCUCCCCGAGGACAGCCAGAAGGCCAGGAGCAUGGGUCCCACAUCAAAGGGGGAGGAUAUGGAGGCCCGUGAGGAAUUGGCUCUGGCCCUGUCUUGUGGACUGCAGCUGGACACUCAGCGGUCCAGCAGGGACUCUCUCCAGUGCUCCAGUGGCUACAGCACACAGACCACCACACCCUGCUGCUCUGAGGACACCAUCCCUUCUCAGGUAUCUGACUACGACUACUUUUCUGUGAGUGGCGACCACGAGGCAGAUCAGCAGGACUUCGACAAAUCAUCCACCAUCCCACGCAACAGCGACAUCAGCCAGUCCUACCGCAAGCUCUUCCAGGCCAAACGCCCAGCCUCUACCGCCGGCCUCCCAUCUACACCAGGACCGGUCAUAGUCACACCUGGGGUGGCCACCAUCCGCAGGACCCCUUCCUCUAAACCCUCAGUCCGCAGAGCCACAGGUGGCGCCGGCCCCAUCCCCAUUAAAACCCCUGUGAUUCCAGUCGUGACCCCUACUGUGCCUGAUUUUCCAGGGGGCUUUUCGCUUCCUAGUAAUGAAGAGGUGGAGGAGUUGGCCAGCCCAGGCUCCCCCACGCUAGGCGAGGACGGGGAGCAGGAGGGCAUCCUUCCUGUGGCUUCCUGGAGUGGUCAAGCCUCUACUAACCCUCCUCUGCCUCCUGGGCAGCAGCUCACAGCUGCUGGGAUGGAGAGGCAAGAGGGAGCACUAGAGGAUCUGGACCUGGAAGACCAGCAGGGGGACACCAUGCUUCUGGCUAUACGGCGCGGAGUUAAACUGAAAAAGACCAUGACCAACGACCGCUCUGCACCACGCAUAGCAUAAGAGGUCGAGUAAUUAAGACUUUAAGGUUUAUUAAGAUUUAAUGACAUUACUAAGCCAUCUAAGGGGGAUAGAGGGUUUCACCUGCACCGAUGGCCUGUAAACGCAUGUUUAUUCCAGUGGAGAGACAUUGACUCCUGAUUGGACUGUGCAAAGUGCUGGAUGGAGACCUCUCCUGAUUUUGUACCCUGUGUAGAAUUGCCUCCUUGAACUUUCUUUCUCUCUCUUUAAACUUUCCUCUUCUAUUGUGCCAAAUUCUGCUUUGUUGUGUAUUACCUUGAGGCUGAACUAUGGAGGUAACCUGAAGUAAUAUAGUACCUAAUAAGAGAGUUUAAUCCAUUAUAGUUUAAUCCUUUUUUGCAAGGUUAGUUUAUUUUAUUUAGAGAGACGUAUGAGGCAUUGGGUGAGUGCUGGUAAAGUUGCUAAAGUGCAGUCUGUCUUCAUUUUUCUUAGAUUUCAAAGCAUUACUUUGUGGCUGGACCCCUACAAUCACACUGUAAAUCUUCAUAACUUAUCCUAUAUAUUCUCCUCAAAUCUGUCUUCAUUAGCUUAAGUUUUCAUAACCGUACUCUGUGGCUGGUCCCCUGCUAUCACACUGUAAAUCUCCAUAACUCAAAUCUGGCAUCUGUCUUGAAUAAUUGAUACAUGAGUCUAAGAAGAGAGCAAGUACUUGGCCAAGGAGCACUGAGGCCUAAAGAAAGAAUAUAAAAGUGAGUGUCAAAGCAAGCUUUAUUUUCUUAUAUCGCAAGUGUUUUACUUUAAAAAAAAAAAGUGUUAUUUUUUAAUGUUUAUGUGCAUAAUAUCUCACAAAUGCAUGUCGCCUAUGCCACUGACAACUCAGCUGCUUGAAUCUCGUGA